AUUCACAAUGGGGACUGGACUUGGGUCUGGAAAAUGAUUCAUUAAAUAAACUACGUUGACUGAGGAACCCUGAAGGUGUAAACCCAGUAAAAAAGGAAAAGCAGCAGAUCGAGUGUGGACGGUUGGUGCAGUGACGGUGGAGAACAGAUCUGUCAGAUUUCUAUUCUGAAGGAGAUGAUGGGAAACUGUAGUUUGGUGGUGAUUUUUGUGUUGUGCCACAUCCAGUGUUUAACUGGUCUGGCUGCAGCAGGGAUCCAAGCACGCUGCUUGAACAACAGACACAACUGCUUUAAUAAUGAAAACCCAACAAACAAAAACCUUGAGCAACUCUCCACCUUUGAGUUUCCACAUGUGGCCGGCGGUUUGAAACGGAUGAAGAGGGAGUGGGUUAUUCCUGCGAUUAACUUCCCUGAGAACGACAGGGGUCCAUUUCCCAAAUAUGUGAUGAAGAUUAAAUCGAGCAAUGAGCAGAAGGUGGCGAUAACGUACAAGAUCACUGGACCGGGGGCGGAUCAGCGUCCUGAGGGGGUUUUUACUGUUGAUCGGCGAUCUGGGGUGCUGUACGUGACCCAGCCAUUAGACAGGGAGAAGACGGACAAAUACACUCUGUGGGCCCACGCAAUGAAUGAGAACAUCAUGGCUGAGGAGCCUAUGGAGCUGAUCAUCAACGUCAUCGAUCAGAAUGACAACGCUCCACAGUUCACUCAGAACCAUUUCUAUGGCACAGUGAGCGAAAGCGCUGAAGUCGACGACUUCGUGUUAAAUGUGACGGCGGUGGACAAAGAUGACCCAGAGUUGACCAACGCAAUAAUUAGGUAUCAGAUAAAGAAUCAGACGCCUCAAAUACCCAGAGGGGACAUGUUUACCAUAAACCCUCUGAGCGGAUUGAUCAGUGUGGCAGCAGGAGGCCUGGACAGAGAGACUCAGCCACAGUACAAGCUGACCAUUGAGGCUGCGGAUAUGGAGGGCGAGGGGUUGGCAGCCACCUGCACUGUUAUCAUCAGCGUCUCCGACAGCAACGAUAAUGCUCCACAGUUCACCGUCACAUCUAUUUCCACAUCAGUCCCUGAAAAUGCAGCCGGGGCGGAGGUCAUAAGGUUAAAGGUCACGGACAGGGACGAGCCGGGGUCUCCAAACGCCAACACUAAAUAUUCAAUAAUCGCAGGCAACGAGGGCGGAGACUUCAACGUCACCACAGGCACCAAUAAAAUGGAGGGAAUCAUCAAAACAGCCAAGGAGCUGGAUUUUGAGAGUGCUGCUGAAUUUACUCUGCUGGUGGUGGUGACUAAUGAGGCGCCGCCAUCUGGGCCGACGUUGACCUCGACGGCCACCGUCAUUGUGUCGGUCGAGGACAAGAACGAGCCUCCUGUUUUCAGUCCAGCCGAGAUCCUCGUGAGCAUCUCAGAGCACGUGAAGACAGGGAGCUCUGUGGCUGACGUCAGAGCUGAGGACCCAGAUACAGCCAGGACACAGAGCGUUAGAUAUAAAAUACACAACGACACUGCCAGGUGGCUGAGUAUCGACAAAGACACAGGGUCGGUCAAAGUAAGAGGAAACAUGGACAGAGAGUCACACUAUGUCAAAGACGGCAAAUACACAGCCCUGAUUUUGGGCUAUGACAACGACACUGUCCCAGCCACAGGAACAGGAGCCUUAGUUGUGAAUUUACUGGACGUGAACGACCAUCGUCCUGUGAUCAGACAGAGAACAGCCACUCUGUGCAACAAGGACCCUGCUCCUGCCUCGCUGGAUAUCGUGGACCUUGACGGACCCGGUCACGCUGGACCCUUCAUUGUGGAGCUUCAAGGAGAGCACAAGAUCAACUGGACCAUCAGCACCAACUCCACGAGUAACGGGGCAGCUCUUGCCCCCAAACGGGAGUUGUCGCCUGGUGACUACCACGUGCUCAUGCGUAUCUAUGAUGUCGACCUGCUCUACCAAGACAACACGCUGAAUGUGGAGGUGUGCCAGUGUGAAGGAGCCGUUUCCACCUGCUUCAGCCCACAUUCUGCCCCUCGCCUGCACAUUUCUUCUCACGCAACCUCAGUUCUGGGAGUGAUUUUCGGUCUUCUGUUGCUGCUUCUGCUGCUGCUGCUGCUGUUGAGGAGGAGGUGGUCAGAGAAGAACGUCUGUCACCUUGAAGAUAUGCCCAGGGACAACAUCUUCCUCUAUGAUGAAGAGGGAGGAGGUGAAGAAGACCAGGACUUUGACCUGAGCCAGCUUCAGAAGGGGCCCAAUAACUGUCACAAGGUCACUGACGUCUUCCCGACCGUCCUGAGCCGACCCUGCUUGCAUCUCCUGCCCCGAGCCAAUGAGGAGAUAUGUACAUUUAUUGAAAAUAACCUGCAGGCUGCAGACGGUGACCCCACAGCUCCUCCUUACGACUCUCUCCUGGUGUUUGACUACGAAGGAGUCGGCUCAGGGGCGAGUUCGCUCAGUUCCCUCAACUCCUCUGACUCGUACGAGGAGCAGGACUAUCAGAGCCUGAGUCAGUGGGGGCCACUUUUCAACAGGUUGGCUGACCUGUACACUUGUGGGAUAGAGGACGACGACGAAGACACGGAAACACUGCCGGGGAAAACAGAAUGGGUGUGACAUCUGCCCAACAUCCUCACACUGCUUUCCAUGUUUGUUUACUGCACAAACAUUUACCAACUAAAUAAUGUUUAGUAGCAGUUUUAAUAGUGUACUGUGAUCAUGUCAAGUCAAGAUAUUUUGUUCCAUUUGUUUGAUUGCACAAAUAAAAGUAAACAUCAUGUGCAUCGGAGGCCCAGUGUUGAAACCUUCCACAGCCUCAACCCCAGACUCCACCUCAGCAUCUGAGGAGAAGUUACACUAAAGAUCAUUUUAAAAUAAUGUGAAUCUAUAAGGCUUCUGUGUCAUUAUUGUAUAAAUAUCUUUACAAUUCUCAGGCACGACUGAGGAAAACUCUUUUAGUUAAUGUGUUACCCACAGACUCAUUUCUAGCUCGUAUUAAAUUUUUCCCCCUUUUUGGAUCAUAUUAUCUAUAAAUAUCUGUGAGAAACACUGUUGCUGAGAGUCUGUGAGAAUCUUGAAUUUACAGUGAGGUUAUAAAUUAUGUAAAGAGCUGAAAAAAUGUUUUGCCGCACAACAAAAAUAUUUAAUAUAUAAUCAAUUUAAUA